AGUCGGGCAGCUAGUUACUCUAAGGAGGAGGAAAAGUUGCAAUGGUGUCGCUUGAACCGGGUGCAAACUAUGUAGUUGUCUCAUUUAUAUUGACAUAAAGGCAUGGGAAGCAGAACUGUAGAGGGAAGACACCCCCUGCAUUGCACGCCACAGCCCGUUCCGUGAAUGCUCGCAAUGAGGAAACAGCUUCAGUAACCGCUGGAUCCGGCUGUUAUUCUUGGAUUGUUUUUGGUACGAGGGAAUGAAACUCUUUGCUCUUUAUUCAGCGACGGGGUGCGGGGACGCGUGUACCACACAUACCAAGAAGGAGACCGCAGCCUCUGCUCGUAAUGCGGACGGACUGAACGUCGACUGGAACAAUAGCAACCCGGCUGCGUUUAGCCACAGUGUCCCUCUGAAUAAUUCCCAUCGGAUUUGUCACUUUUAACGUUAUAGUUCACACUUAAUUUGCUGUAUCUCAUCAACAGCGGUGUUAGUUGCUGGGUUCUAAUCCCAAAACAGUAGGCAACGUGCAAACAUGACUUCACCUGCGAAACUACGAAAGGACAAGGAGAUUAUCGCGGAAUAUGAAACUCAAGUCAAAGAGAUCCGCGCCCAGCUGCUGGAGCAGCUCAAAUGCCUGGAUCAGCAGUGCGAGCUCCGGGUCCAGCUGCUCCAGGACCUGCAGGACUUCUUCCGCAAGAAGGCCGAGAUCGAGAUGGACUACUCCCGCAACCUGGAGAAGCUGGCGGAAAGAUUCCUGGCCAAGACCCGCAGCACCAAGGACCACCAGCUCAGGAAGGAGCAGAACCUUCCAUCCCCGGUCACCUGCUGGCACCUGCUGCUGAACCAGGUGAAGAGAGAGAGCCGAGACCACGCCACCCUGAGCGACCUCUACCUCAACAACAUCAUCCCUCGCUUCUCUCAGGUCAGCGAGGACUCGGGACGCCUCUUCAAGAAGAGUAAAGAGGUGGGCCUGCAGCUCCAGGAAGAUUUGAUGAAGGUCAUGAAUGAGCUAUACACGGUGAUGAAGACCUACCACAUGUACAACACGGACAGCAUCAACGCGGAGAGCAAGCUGAAGGAGGCCGAGAGGCAGGAGGAGAAGCAGAUGGGCCGCGCCGGCAAAACGGACGACCGGCAGAUGCCCCGCUCGCCCGACUCCCUCGCCAGCGUCCGCAUCGAGGAGAAGCACGUCCGCCGCAGCUCCGUCAAGAAGAUCGAGAAGAUGAAGGAGAAGCGUCAGGCCAAAUACACUGAGAACAAACUCAAAGCCAUCAAGGCCAGGAACGAGUAUCUGCUGGCCCUGGAGGCCACCAACUGCUGUGUCUUCAAGUACUACAUCCACGACCUGUCUGACCUCAUCGAUUGCUGCAACCUGGGCUACCACGCCAGCUUGAACCGGGCACUGCGGACGUACCUUUCAGCAGAGUUCAAUGCCGAAACGUCCAAGCACGGCGGCCUGGAGAUGAUCGAGAACGCGGCGGAGAACCUGGAGGCCAACGCCGACAAGCAGCGUCUGAUGGAGGCCUACAACAGCGUCUUCUGCCCCCCGAUCCGCUUCGACUUCCAGCCCCACAUGGGAGACACGAUGGGGCAGAUAUGUCCCCAGCCUCCCCUGCAGGGGGAGCUGCUCCAGAGGUGCCAGCAGCUUCAGUCCCGCCUCUCCACCCUCCGGAUAGAGAACGAGGAGGUGAAGAAGACCAUGGAGGCCACCCUGCAGACCAUCCAGGACAUGGUGACCGUGGAGGACCAUGACGUGACCGACUGCUUCCACCUCAGCGGCUCCAUGGAGUCAGUCAAGUCCAUUGCCUCCGAGUCCUUCAUGAGCAAGCCCAGCCUGGCCAAGAGGAGGGCCAAUCAGCACGAGACGGAGCAGUUCUACUUCACGAAACUGAAGGAGUUCCUGGAGGGCCGCAACCUGAUCACCAAACUGCAGGCCAAACACGACCUGAUCCAGAAGUCUCUGGGAGAGAGCCAGAAGACUGAGUCCUGCAUAGCCAGCUCCAGGAAGAACUCCACAGCUCGGAAGCAGGACGGCGGCCGGCCCAUCCCGCUGGUGGUGGAGAGCUGCAUUCGCUUCAUCAGCCGGCACGGGCUGCAUCAUGAGGGCAUCUUCAGAGUGUCUGGAUCGCAGGUGGAAGUCAAUGACAUCAAAAACGCCUUUGAGAGGGGUGAAGACCCCUUGUCUGGUGAUCCUAAUGACCAUGAGAUAGACUCCAUUGCAGGGGUCCUCAAGCUCUACUUCCGGGGCCUGGACCACGCCCUCUUCCCAAAGGAAGUCUUCCAUGACCUCAUUUCCUGUGUUGCUAUGGACAACCUGCACGAAAGAGCAGCCCACAUCCGCAAAGUCCUGCUGUCUCUGCCCAGCAACACCCUGGUCAUCAUGAGAUACCUGUUUGCUUUCCUCAGCCACCUGUCCCAGUACAGCGAGGACAACAUGAUGGACCCCUAUAACCUGGCCAUCUGCUUCGGCCCCACACUCAUGUGCGCCCCCGAAGGGCAGGACCAGGUGUCCUGCCAGGCACAUGUCAAUGAGCUCAUCAAGACCAUCAUCAUCCACCACCAGGACAUCUUCCCCGGGCCCCUGGAGCUGGAGGGCCCCCUGUACGACCGCGGAGGGUCCUCAGAGGGCUACAGUGACAGCCUACACAGUGAGCUCCCCCUGGUGGACGAACCUGCACCCGACAAUAUCAGUGGACUCCACUCAAGUGGUGAAGGGCACCUGCCGCUGUUGGAGUCUGACCCUGUGGAGGCCGUGGCCCGCUUUGACUACUCGGGCCGCACCACCCGCGAGCUGUCCUUCCAGAAGGGGGCGCCACUGCUGCUGUUCCACCGGGCCUCAGAUGACUGGUGGGAGGGGCGUCAUAACGGCGUGGACGGGCUGGUGCCGCACCAGUAUGUCGCCGUGCAUGACAUGGAUGAGGGCGUGGCUGAGAGGAGGAGCCCCAGGACCGAAGUGGGCGGAGCCUAUGAGGAGAAAGUGGCAACUAGGGGAAGUGUGAGCUCUCCUACUGGUGGCCAUGUUGCUGAUAUCUACCUGGCCAACCUCAACAAGAUGAGGAAGUGGCCGGAGGGUGGGAGCAUUCGCAGGACCUACCGGACGAGCGAGGGCGUUUCCGAGGGGCCCUCAGGGGCUACGGGGAGCCUCAGGGCCACCUCCAUGCCAGUGGGGGGGCUCCCGAGAGAGGUGCCAGACAAGCGUCCCGUCAGCGCCCACAGCGUCUUCACCACCCUGUCUCGCCACGCCUCACUCAAGACCAAGGUGGAGCCCCCGCAGGUCCCCAAAACGGCCACUGCGGGGCGCUCCAAAAGCUUCAGUAACCACCGGCCCGUGGACCCUGAGGUCAUUGCACAGGUGGAGCACAGCUCACAGGACAUCGAGGCGGCCAUGACGACAGCGCUGAACGAGCUUCGGGAGCUGGAACGUCAAAGCAGCGCCAAGCAGCACGCCCCUGACGUGGUGCUGGACACGCUGGAACCGCUGAAGGGCGGGGCGGGCUCCCGGGGGCCCCUCUCGGAGCCCGCCAGCCCCCUGCACUCCCGGCUGCUGAAGGAGGCCGACCCCCCCCAGAGCUCCCUGCAGCGUAGCGCCAGCUCCGCCAGCGACGUGCCCAGCACCUUCCGCCCGAAGAGCUCCGGCAAAGGCCCCGCCCCUGUCCCUGUCCCUGUCCCUGUCCCCUCCCCCGGCCCCGCCCCCCGCGAGCCCCGACCCCCAGCCACUCGCCCCAAACCCGUCCUCUUCCCCAAGACCCACUCGGGCGCCGGGGCAAGCGUUGGCUCGCCCACCACCCCCACACCCCCCACACCCCCGCCCCCACCCACAGACAAAUCCUGCCCUGCGUGACCAGCCUCGCCCCCCCCCCAUCCAGUGAAGAUGCACAGAAUGUAUUCCACAACUGUUUCUCAACAUAAUAUUACUGUCAUGCUCUGUGAAGACAGAGUGCUCGUCCUAUUCCCGUAGAUGUGAAGUGCUUCUGUUUGUGUUUAUACACACACACACACACACACACACAC